GGCAAUCAGCUGGCUCGCGGGGGACAAAUCUCGGACGGGGAGCCACUACUCCUCCGCUCAGCCUUCUCACUCGGUCCGCCUCCCUCCCGUAGCCCUGGGCGGCUUCUGGCCGCGGCUGCCCCCGCCCGCGCGCAGUCCCCUCGGUGUGCCGAGGCGGCGAAGAGGGUGUGCCCGAGGCAACGGAGAAGGCGCGAGGGACGGAGCCGCGGGCGAGAGUCGGUGGCGGGCGCGCUGGUCUUGGCUCUCCAUUUCCUCUCCGGGCUUCAUCUUCUGUGACGGCGGCACCCCAGCCCUCACCCAGCCUCUCCGGCUGCCGGUAGGCGCGCCGAAGAAGGCUGAGAAAUCUUCAAACAGGAGCGGGGAGGAGGAGAGACCGCGGAGCUGCGAGUCUCCCAUUCAGCGCUCCCCAGCCUGCCCCCCAUCCCACUGCUGCUUUACCAUGAUCCAGGCUCUUUCCUGCCACCGAGAAGACCUCUAAACACCCGCAGCCCUCCGAAGCGGACCUGCGGCAGAUCCUGGGUUGCUAAGCCUGGGUGUGAAGAAAGCAGUUAAUCAUGGCCCAGGGGUCCAGCGACAUGGAAACUACUGAUCAAGAAGAGAGUUCUCCAAACAUGAUUGUUUACCGAAAGAUAGAAGAUAUCAUUACAAGAAUGCAGGAUGAUAAAGCAGGUGGUGUACCCAUCCGAACUGUCAAGAGUUUCCUGUCAAAAAUCCCCAGUGUCGUCACAGGGGCUGACAUAGUGCAAUGGCUUAUGAAGAAUCUCAGUAUUGAAGACCCAGCUGAAGCAAUACACAUGGGAAGUCUUAUUGCAGCACAGGGAUACAUUUUUCCAAUCUCAGAUCAUGUACUUACGUUGAAGGAUGAUGGGACUUUUUAUCGUUUUCAGGCUCCAUACUUUUGGCCUUCAAAUUGUUGGGAACCUGAAAACACAGACUAUGCCAUUUAUCUUUGCAAGAGGACCAUGCAGAACAAAGCUAGGCUGGAGCUAGCAGAUUAUGAAGCCGAGAACUUAGCAAGACUUCAGAGAGCUUUUGCAAGAAAGUGGGAAUUCAUCUUCAUGCAAGCAGAAGCACAAGUGAAAAUUGACAGAAAAAAAGAUAAAACAGAAAGGAAAAUUUUGGAUAGUCAGGAAAGAGCCUUCUGGGAUGUCCAUCGACCAGUGCCGGGCUGUGUGAACACAACGGAGAUGGACAUCAGAAAGUGCCGCCGUAUGAAAAAUCCACAGAGAGUCAAAAAGUCAGUCUAUGGUGUUACAGAAGACAGUCAGUCCCAAAGCCCUGUACAUAUGCCCUCCCAGCCAGUCCGGAAAACGACAAAAGAUGACGUUCGGAAGCAAAUAACAUUUCUGAAUGUGCAGAUAGACAGACACUGUUUAAAAAUGUCUAAAGUAGCAGAAAGUUUAAUUACUUAUUCAGAACAGUACCUUGAGUACGAUCCUUUUAUAACUCCUGCUGAACCUUCUAAUCCCUGGAUAAAUGAUGACACAGUGUUUUGGGACUUAGAAAUAAGCAAAGAACCUUCGCAGCACCGUGUCAAAAGAUGGGGCUUCUCUAUAGAUGAGGUGUUGAAGGAUCCAGUGGGGCGUGACCAGUUUCUUCGGUUUUUGGAAUCAGAAUUCAGCUCUGAAAACCUAAGGUUUUGGUUGGCCGUCCAGGAUCUCAAAAAACAGCCGUUGCAAGAUGUAGCUACCAGGGUAGAAGAUAUCUGGCAAGAGUUCCUAGCACCUGGAGCCCAGAGUGCCAUCAAUCUGGACUCUCACAGCUAUGAAAUAACCAGCCAAAAUGUCAAAGACCCAGGGAGGUACACAUAUGAAGAUGCACAGGAACAUAUUUACAAGCUGAUGAAGAGUGACAGCUAUGCACGUUUUCUCCGUUCUAAUGCUUAUCAAGACUUGUUGCUGGCAAAGAAGAAGCCCGAGAAUGAGCAAGGUCGUAGAACUUCUCUAGAAAAGUUCACUCGCAGUAUGGUAAGUUCAUUUGAUUUUGGUUAUGUUUCCUUUUAUUUAUUUAUUUCUCUCUCUCCAGCAUUUUCUUUUAUUUCAGGGCUUUUGGGGCUUGUUUUAUUUUGUUUUUUUGUUUGUUUUGUUUUACAACAAGGCUUCUGUACCACAUUCACUUUGUUAGCCUAUAAUAAAAAGGUAGGAUUUUGUGAUAGGCCCUUUCUAUGAUACCCCACAGCCUCCAUUCAUUUCCCUCUGGGUACUCUGUUCUAGCAUAACCAGAAGGGAUCCGUGGAGGGCAUUGCACAGCUCAUCUUCUUCCCCUUUGCCCCACAGUAUACAUUUCCAGACGCCCAGGGUGACAUUGCAAGACACCUCCCAUCCCCAUGCAGCCCUUCCCUCUCUUCGGUUCAUUAAGGGAUGGUGGUAAAUCUUGAAGUGCAGCUGAUCACUAUGGCCUUCACCAUAGCCAUGGUCCCAAGGAGUGCUCAGAAUGAUACUGUUGCCGGGAACAUCGUGCCCCCAGCCGCAGCUAUGGUGAGGGAUGCUGAAGGUCUGGGAGCUCAGAAGGGGUGGCAGGGGAUGCCAUCUUCUGUGCUAAGUAAGGAGCCCCAGAGCUUCAGCCCUAUGGGUUCUCCACAACCCGGUAUGUGAGCCCGGAACGUGUGUUCUUGGAGGAGGUUGGCCAGAGACAUGAAAGGUGCAUGCAAGCCUCCCAUGCCAUAUAGAAGGCUCACCUCCAUGCAUGCACAGCCAUGGAGCAAGGUGGGUUCAGGGCUCUUUUGCACUCAGCUAGAACCCCGCCCUGCCUGCAGUGGAUUGAACUAAGCCCCACUGACAUCAGCAAACAGAGCAGCAACCAUCUUGUGGCACCGUGAUGACUAACAGGUUUAUAAUGGCAUGAGCUUUCAUGGACUGCAGUCCACUUCUGUGAAAGCAUAAGCCACCAUAAACGUGCUGGUUCUUAAGUGCCACCAGACACCCUGGUUUUGCUGCAACAGCCUGUUAAAACAUAGACAUGUAUUCAUAGCAUACUUUUUGCUGGGGUUUCAUAUGAAGUAUGUGCAGCAUCUGUAUGUUGGGUCACGUAUACUGAAUGCCUGAGAGACCAUCACGUAAGUUGUACUCCCUCUUUGUAAUCUAAUUCCUGCAAUCUGUUUAAGCAAUAUUUGAUUAACCUGUUUCAAAUCAGUCUCUCAACAAUGGCUAGCUGAGGGUCUUCCUUUAUUAACAAGGCAGGUAGAAUCUGAACUCAGUGCCAAAAGUUUAUUGUAGUUCUGUUCAAAUAUCUUUAAGUGAAUGGAAUCUAAAAUGUGGAAAAAUAAAUUAUGGACAGAAGGAAAUUAGGCUGCCAUGGCAGUUUUCCUUUCCUUGUGUGCUGGUUACAAGCUACCUAAUUAGCAUAGUUACCUUCAUGGCAUAGGUUGUUGUGACUUCUGAACCUAGCAAAGGGAGGUGAUGGUGUGGUUUACACACCACUCUGAAACCCUGGGACAAGCCCACAAUCCCCAGCAAAGAAGCAUGAGCCCAAAGGCAUUUAAUUAAAAGUACUUUUUUCACAUACAGCAGUUCCUCGUGCCAAAUGGAAAAUUGCUUUUGAAACUAAGGGAAUUUCAAAAGCCAUCUGUGAUAUGCCAGGGGGGGGUCAGCUAUCCAAAGAAAAAGAAAAGUCAAGAUUUCCCCUGAAGUAGCAACAAAUGCUUGGCAGGAGCUUAAGAAGCCUUUUGAGCCUGGCUGUAGGAGGGACUGUAUGAUGAUAUCGCAGGCAUUCAUAAGACCAUAGGAAGAGCCUGGCUGCAUCCAUCCAAGGGCCUAUCAAGGCCCAGCUCCUGUUCCUUGGUGACCAACCAGGUGCCUAUCGGAGGCCCACGGAGCAGUAGCCUUCCCCUGCCUCAUAACGAAUAGCCACUGAAAUCCUUAUCCUCCGUGCAUCUGCCUGAACCCAUUUUAAAGCUAUCUAAGCUGCUGGUCGUCCCAGCAUCCAUAGCUUAGCUUGGUGCAUAAGCAUAUGUUUAUCACCCUGAUCAUUGAUUUGUUGGGUGCUGAGCAGCCCUUCCUGCAUAGCUGCUUGCUUGAUGAUUAUGGGGAGGGAGAGCCCUUGAAGUCAGGUCUGAAAUGCCUUUCAUUCAGAUCAACAACCACUCAUCUGAUACGCACUUCUCUGACCUGGCAUGCAUAGGCUUCAUACUCAACUGUGCAUACAUAAAAAAUCUGUGCUGCGUUUCUACUGUCAAUACACUAUUGCACUGCCUAGAUGUUGCUCUGCUGAGAAGUCCGAGCCACAUCACGAAUGGCAAAAGACUUUACAACAAGCCUACAUCUGUUUUCAGUUUAGACCAAACAUAUUGUUUCCUAGUUCCCCGAUCUCCCAAACAGUAGAAAGUUCCAAGGGCAGCUGCUAUAGAAUCAGUUUCCCUGGAAGGAGAGCAUGCUGGUGAUUUAUGAUGGGCUUCUUCCCUUCAAUAUCUAUUUACCAGAACUCAAACUGACCUUGAAGAAGGCAAACAUCCAGAAAGACAGUACAAACAACAUCAGUUCCCAAAAGCAAACAUCAUGUCCUUCAGAAACCUCUGUUUCCACUACCUACAUUCCAGAACCCCCACCCUCCAAACAGGUGAAAUGUGUUAGAGCUAGUAGCCAACCAUCAAAAUUUACUGAAGAAACAUCUUGCAAGCAUCUGUGUCCAUAGAGGAAGUACCUUCAGUUAUCACCUAAAUGAAGAGUAGGGAAAAGAUAAUUUCAUCACUUGAUAACUGUUACCAUUACAAUUGCAGUAAAUAUCUUUCAUUUCAAUAUUUCCUUUGAAAUUAGCACCUCUAGUGCAGCUGAACAAAUUACUGGAAACAUGCUCCUCUUGCUAAAGAUGUGCAGUGUUUGAUGGAUUUGGGGGUGUUUUUGUUCCCUUGGCAUCCAAUUUCUUCCUCCUUAUCCUAUCUGACCUCAGCCCCAGUUGCCCUCAAGUUAUUCAAGCUAUUAGCUGUGGAGACCUAUGAGAUCCUCACAUAUAUCCAGGGUGACAUUAUGUAGCAUCCCAAUCAUCCACAGAAUCAUUUGAGUUCCCCACAGCCAAUCAGAAUGAAAUAGUGAUAAAGGCAAAUGAAAUUGAGGACAGCGAGGGCAAAGAAGAGUGUCAGAACAACAUCAUGCAUAGCAUGAUAUAGCAAAACAUGGGGCCUGCUCUUCAACAGUCUUAGAAACAAAGGUGAGCAGUUUCCGCUUAACCCUUCUUACAAUAUUCAAGAAUUAGUUUCUUGUGUAAUGGAUAAAGCUUCCCUCUUGCUGCUGCUCUUUCUUUAAUUCUUUAUUCUCUCCCUCUUUUCCGUCUUCUCCCACUGAUAGUAAAACUACAAGUUACACAUCGUUCCAUGAUUCUUUUAACAUACCACCCCUAGUUCAUGCCAUGCAGAAAGGAAAGCCCAAGAUGAGAGGAGAGCAGCUUCUUGUCCCUUUUGUCUUGCUCUGCCCUUCUGCUGAAAAAUCACUCGUUGCUCCAGAAUUGUUUUUACCCUCUCUGGGGAAAAGAGGCACCCCCUCCAAAUUGCAGUCUCACGGAUGCAUUGUGCAAAGGAAAAAGAAAAUGCCAUUGUAUAGGAUCAGAGAACCCUAUGCAACAUGUAGCUAAACCCCGAGAAGGUUCCUGUGCUUUCUUCAACCCUGUGUCAUUUCUUUCUUGAAUGACUCCCAUAGAACAGUGGAUGCUGCCUCUUCAUCAUGUAUGCAAGACUCUUUAUUCAUUCUGUUAACAUGGUCCUUGCAUUCAUUUCAACUUGCUUAGAUGACAGUCAGGUUCUACACAAGUGUGAACCUUAACACAGAAGAAGCCGAUAACCGAAAGUAGAAGAGGAUCUCUGCAUAUAAAGGCCCCAUUUAGGUAUUAGGGCCAUGUGAUUACAAUCACGGAGUGGCAAAGUGCAGCCUCAUCCCAUCCCAGCCACACAGCCUGACAAGCAAUGCAGGGAAAUGCUUGCAAAGGGAAGUCUGUUUUGUGUGCAUCGGCUCCCCCGGCCCAUGAUAGAGGCUGCUGCACAGUCGCAAGAAGAACCUAAGUGCAGCAGGUUCCACUUAGAGACCUUCCCAGUGCAAAGAUGGCUGGGCAGGCAGGCUGGAAUGCCUGAAGGGGUUUCCUUUUCAGCUUUGUCUUCCUGAAACCAGUUAAGUUACAACCAACCUUCCCCAUUGGAGGUAAGCUUGACUAACUUUCCCUAAAUGAAAGUUAAUCUGGACUGUUCUUUUGUGUGGGAGUUCAGGGGUGCAGGAAAGCAAGUCUGCGGAAUCUUGUCUUUUCUUUGACCAGUUGGAGUAUCUUAGCUUCCACCAUAGUCAUUAUGCACAGCUGCAAAAAAUCGAGGUGGCUUGAGCACUGGUGGCAGGCAAAGUCCCCACAGUCUGAUUUAGGGCUGGGUUCAACAAGCAGGCUGUUUUGCAGCCAUGCACGUGCUCACUCUCACCAAGCAUUGUGCACAUUUUUCCAAUCCCAGUUAUCCCUAACAUCAUUGUGACCCUGAAAGGGGUCGGAACACCUCCCUCGAAGUCUCCCCAGAAGUUCUCAUGCUCAGUCCUGCCACCCCAGUCAACAAGGCUGAUCUGGGGCACUGGCAAGAUUGGGGAAAUCUUGCAGCAGAUCUCCCCAAACAGCCAAUGCCGCAGUGCUAGGGACCCUGGGAAAUGUAUUUUUCCAGGGUUCCCAAGUUCUUUGUACUCAUGUUAGGUACUCUGCAAACUGAAUGCCCAAACUUGUCACAUUCCUAUAAAGUGUGUGAUUUAUUUACACUUUUUUCUUAUCUUGCUUAUCACCAAGGUUGAUUCUUUUUACAGCCAAACGGAAGUUUCAAGGAAUUGUUCUCUAUUUUCUAAUGAGCCAUUCUCAAUGCCACAUUGUGGCCUACAGAGUAUUUAAUUGCUAUGUCUUAUUUAAGAAGUGUUACUAACUGCUAAGAAGGACUUUGAUGCUUUGUUCUUUUACUAAAAAAUUGUGUAUGUUUAUUUGAUCUUGUUGAAUACACGGAGGACAGUAGCCACGGAUGACUUCAGAUUUGCUGUUUCAUUAUACAUAAAGUCAAUGCAUUCAACCCUGUGGGAAGGGUCUAAUUAACUGAUUUUAAAGAAGACUAGACCAAGCUGAGAAAUGGCACACAGCUGUGAUCUAUACAGCAACUUACUUAAAUAUCUAUACAUGAAGGCAAGUGGUCAGAAGUUUAAGAAAAGGUUUGGGACUUCAUUAGACAUUAUGAUGGGACUACCACUGCCUUCUUCCAUGUAAUGGCUGGAUAAGCAGAAUGUGUGAUGUGGUAUCAUCCUGCUGCAUCUUGCCCUGCCUGAAAGCCAAGGGGUGGCCAUGAAGGUAGCAAGGGAUGCCGAGCUGUGGAUGCUACUAGCAAAAGCGAGCAGGAUGCAAACCCGAGGCAGUAGUUCUUGCAAUGGUAGCUCAGACAUCAUGCCAACUAGGCAUGGUGCCUGUGGGGCUGCCACUGUGUGUGCAGAGGCGUUUCCAGAUGAGGCCUUUUCCAGGCCAGCCCACCAUCCCUCUGCCUCGCCCAUGGAAUGAGGGGCCAGGCUGUUGUCGCCUAGCACUUGCACCCUUCCCACGGUUCCUACCACUCCAUCCAUCCUCACCAUUAAGGGGAAAAAGGUGGAAUAGUUGCACAGUGCCUUCUGGUUGGUAGUGCUCGGAGCUUUGCAUCUGGAAGCUCUUGUGUCAAACUCCAAUUUACAAUGGGAUAGUUUACCUCUCUGGCAUUUAAAAGCAGAAAUGUUUAGAAGGCUUCUAAAAAUCGGGUAGCUUUUUGAGUGAGAGAGUGACUGAAUAUACAUGUUUAUACAUUUUCUGUGCUGGGGGGAGGAACCUGAUGUCCUCCAGAUGCAUUGGACUGCAGUUCCCAUCAUUCUCAGCCCAAGGCCAUGGGGAGGAUGGACAAUUCAGUCCAACACAUCUGGAGGACACCAGGCUGGAGAAGGCAAAUGCGUAUGAAAGAUGUGGAAUCUGAUGUAGCAAUGGCAUUUUCCAAAUACAGAUUCAGACUGCAAGAGCAGGUACGCAUGGUUGAAAAUGUAUGGCUGCACAGUCCAGCACUGCUGCUACACAGCCUCCAGAUUUUAACAGGGAAGUGUGACUUCCUCCUACUUGGUGGGUUGCCUUCUGAGAGCUGGUACUUGUACCUGCAGGCAGGGAUUCGUGGCUAGGUAAACCUGCCUCACCACCAUUGAAAUAGCAUUCCAAACAUAUACUUGUCCUAUUAAAAACUAGAAAGCUUCACUUUAUGUUGUCAUCCAUUACUUCUUAUAUGUAUACAAAUUUAAAUGUUCUUUUGAUUUCUUUUUAUAUAAAUUUAUCUGUGUUGAUUUUAUGUUCUCUUGCCAUUACUUUUCUUUAUUGCCACUUUUUAAAAAGCCCUUUAUUCAGCAUUUUCCUUGAUUUUGCUUCUUAAGUUAUGUUACUUUUCUUAUGUCUAGGCAUGUAUCAUUUCCUCUCCUGGUAAAUUCUAAUAAAAAUGAUUUUUGAAAGGA